AUCGCCCCUCAUCUCCUCAGCUCUCAAAAUCCACAAUAGUUAACCACAAUGACACACUAAAUGUUGUACACUUAUUCUUGUGUCCGUCCACAAAUUCCCAGACUCCACUAGGUUCAGCCAUUCACGGAGAAGAGCGUUUUUCAGCAUAGUACCCUAGCACCCAAUCCGAUAAUUAUCAAAAAGGGCGUAAAGGCGUAAUUACAGUCACUCAUCAGUCUCACAAUUUGUGAUUCAUCAAUUUGUGAUUCAUGUCGACUUCGCUCUACAAGACUUGUUUGUUACGCCAUAUCACUUUCUCCCCUCGCUGCUACCGGUCCAGUCUACCACGAGUUUUGGUAUCUAGAGCUUCAAACAGCUUCGUGUCUUCUCACCAGCCCACCACACGUCACUUUUCAGUCUCAUCACCCGCAAAUAUGUCUGGAUUGACCCCCGUCUAUACCAAGGAGGCCUGUCCUCCUGCUGGACCAUACAGCCAAGCUAUCAAGGCAGCUGGCAUCGUCUUCUGCGCCGGACAGAUCCCAGCCGACAAGAAUGGUAACCUGGUUGAAGGCACCAUUGCCCAAAAGACCGAGGCUUGCGUCAACAAUGUGAGAGCCAUCUUGGCCGAAGCUGGUUCAGAAAUCGCCAAGGUUGUCAAGGUUUCUGUCUUCCUCUCCGACAUGUCACAUUUCGCCGAGAUGAACGGUGAAUAUGAGAAAUGGUUCACCCACAAGCCCGCCCGAACCUGUGUCGCUGCCAAACAGCUACCCAAAGGUGUCGAUGUCGAGAUCGAGGUCAUGGCUCUACAGUAAUGGGUUCUUGGUUCUUCACAACACGAACGGACACAAAUUGAAACAGGCCUUGUCGUCAUAUGGCUAAGUAGUAAAUCUUGAUAUUCCGUAAAACUAGCACAGGCUCAGCACAUUGCUACAAGCCCUUUCUAUCCAAAAGAGUUCACAGCCAGAAAUAUCCAGGCAACAUAUCAAGUACCUUGAG